AGCAAUUCGCAAGAGGCAGUAAGUGCGUCCCCCUUUGCGUUGCCUCACGACAUGGCAGAUAACGCGGCCGUAGCACCGGCGCCGGAGGUGAAGCCGCAGAAGAAGAGCGCUCGCCCAACCGGCUGGUGGUGGAAGAGGCGCUGAACGAUGACAACUCGGUGAUCUCCCUGUCACAGGCAAAGAUGGAGGAGCUGAACCUCUUCCGGGGCGACAAUGUCUUGAUCAAGGGCAAGAAGCGCAAGGACACGGUGUGCAUUGUGCUUGCCGACGAGAACCUGGACGACAGCAAGAUCCGCAUGAACAAGGUGGUCCGCAAGAACUUGCGAGUUCGGUUGGGCGACAUCAUAUCGGUGCAUGCGUGCGGAGAUGUACCUUACGGCAAGCGCGUUCAUGUGCUUCCCUUGGAUGACACCAUUGAGGGCAUCACGGGCAAUCUCUUUGACACCUACCUGAAGCCGUACUUCCUGGAGGCCUACCGGCCUGCUCGCCAGGGUGAUCUCUUCUUGGUGCGCGGUGGUUUCAGGCCUGUGGAGUUCAAGGUGGUGGGUGUGGACCCUGGGGAGUUUGUGAUCGUGGCGCCGGACACGGUGAUCCAUUGCGAGGGUGAGCCGGUGAAGAGGGAAGAUGAAGAUCGUUUGGAUGAAGUGGGCUAUGAUGACAUCGGUGGCUGCAAGAAGGCCAUGGGUCAGAUCCGCGAGAUGAUUGAGCUGCCCCUGCGCCACCCCACGCUCUUCAAGACGCUGGGUGUCAAGCCUCCCCGAGGUGUGCUCUUGUACGGGCCACCGGGGAGUGGAAAGACCCUGAUCGCCCGAGCCAUUGCCAACGAGACUGGUGCGUUCUUCUUCCUCAUCAACGGCCCUGAGAUCAUGAGCAAGAUGGCGGGAGAAGCAGAAUCCAACCUGCGCAAAGCUUUCGAGGAAGCAGAGAAGAACUCACCGGCCAUCAUUUUCAUCGAUGAGAUCGAUUCCAUCGCCCCCAAGCGAGACAAGACGAGUGGCGAGGUUGAGAAACGAGUAGUUUCCCAGAUGCUGACGCUCAUGGAUGGCAUCAAGGGACGCGGGCACGUGGUUGUGAUUGCAGCCACCAACAGGCCAAACUCCAUUGACGGAGCCUUGCGCCGCUUCGGACGCUUUGACCGUGAGCUGGACAUCGGCGUGCCAGAUGACAACGGAAGGCUGGAAAUCCUGCGAAUUCACACGAAGAACAUGAAGUUGGCAGCGGAUGUGAAGCUUGAAGAGGUUGCCUCCAACACCCACGGCUUUGUCGGUGCAGAUCUUGCUCAGCUCUGUACUGAGGCUGCCCUGACCUGCAUUCGCGAGAAGAUGGACCUCAUUGACCUCGAGGAGGAGACCAUCGAUGCCGAGAUUCUGGACUCGAUGGCGGUGAGUCAGGAGCACUUCAAGUCGGCCAUGGGUACCGUGAAUCCAUCAUCCCUUCGCGAAACCGUGGUUGAGGUGCCCAACAUCAAGUGGGACGACAUUGGCGGCUUGGAGGAGACCAAGCGCUCCUUGCAGGAGACAAUCUUGUACCCCAUUGACCACCCGGAGAAGUUUGAGAAGUUCGGCAUGCAGCCGUCCAGAGGCGUGCUGUUCUAUGGCCCUCCGGGUUGCGGUAAGACUCUGCUGGCCAAGGCUGUGGCGAGCGAAUGCUCUGCCAACUUCGUCAGCAUCAAAGGUCCCGAGUUGCUGACGAUGUGGUUUGGAGAGUCUGAGGCCAACGUGCGAGAGGUCUUCGACAAGGCUCGCGCGGCAGCUCCCUGCGUGCUAUUCUUCGAUGAGCUGGACUCGAUCGGCACAGCACGCGGUUCCAGUGCGGGAGAUGCGGGCGGAGCAGGUGACCGUGUGAUGAAUCAGCUGCUCACAGAGAUCGACGGCGUGGGUGCCAAGAAGAAUGUCUUCUUCAUCGGGGCCACCAAUAGGCCAGAGCUGCUGGAUGAGGCCUUGCUUCGUCCUGGCCGCUUGGACCAGCUGAUCUACAUCCCGCUGCCAGACUUGCCGGCGCGACAGGGCAUCUUGGAGGCCACCUUGAAGAAGUCGCCUGUGGCACCAAACGUGCCUUUGUCCUUCAUCGGGCAGAAGACGGAGGGCUUCAGUGGAGCUGACCUGGCAGAGCUGUGCCAGCGAGCGGCAAAAGCUGCGGUUCGAGAUGCCAUUGCUGCUGAUGAGUUGAAGGGUGAUGACGAUGCCAUGGACACAACGAUGGGGUCAGAGAUCACCCGCAAGCACUUUGAGGAAGCUUUUGGGGGUGCGAGGCGAUCGGUUGCUGGCUCCGACCUGGCCAAGUAUGACCAGUUCCGGAAGAAGUUCGACCCCAUCUACAUGAACUCGACUGCAGGCGGCGGCUCAGGUGUUGUCAUCAAUUGGCCGGAUGAUGUGGGCAUCGGAGCGGCUGCCGCAGCUGCUGAUGACGAUGACGACCUCUACGGCUGAGGUUCUGAGGUUUAUCUUGGUGGCCUGCUUUGCUUAAGAUGCUUUGCCGGCUCAAUUCGGGAGAGAAUUCCGGCACAUCCUACUGGCCGAAAGGGGCCCCAAGCCGAGUACCAGCGGAUUCUCAACAUUUGAGUUUGUUGCUUGAUUUUGUCAGGGAAUCCGCCGUACUAGCAACUCGCCAGGUUAGGUUCAAGUAGGGUGAUGCUGGCAGGAGGGAUAUAUCACUUCUUUCUGCUCUAGCAGUGGACCUGGAUCCUGCAACACAUGGGCAACGUUCAUGCCCAAUAAUUUGCCACCGC